AUGGGCUGUUUCGCUCCUUAUACAGAAACGCCCAUGUUUCCACACCACAUAAAGGAGAUCCAGGACAGCCAUUAUUUCUAACUCCUUAUAUUGAAGCUGGGAAGUUUGCAGAAGAUAGAGCCGUGGAAUGCUCCAGUCGUCCUCUGGCUGCAGGGAGGGCCGGGAGGCUCAUCCAUGUUUGGACUCUUUGUGGAACACGGACCUUAUAUUGUCACAAGAAACAUGGCCGUGCGUGCCAGAGACUUUCCUUGGACCACUGUAUUUUCCAUGCUCUACAUUGAUAAUCCAGUGGGCACAGGCUUCAGUUUUACUGAACAUCUCCAGGGAUAUGCAGUGGAUGAGGACGAUGUGGCACGAGACUUAUACAGUGCACUUACUCAGUUUUUCCAGUUGUUCUCUGACUAUAAAGACAAUGACUUUUAUGCCACUGGGGAGGAACCUGAGGACCAAAGUUACUACAGGAAAUUUUUGUCCCUCCCACAAGUGAGACAAGCCAUCCACGUGGGAAACCAGGCUUUUAGUGAUGGAUCCAAAGUUGAAAAGUACUUGCGAGAAGAUACAGUAAAGUCAGUGAAACCAUGGUUAACUGAAAUCAUGAAUAAUUAUAAGGUUCUAAUCUACAAUGGCCAACUGGACAUCAUCGUGGCAGCUCCCCUGACAGAGCGCUCCUUGAUGGCCAUGAACUGGAAAGGAUCCCAGGAUUAUAAGAAGGCAGAAAGAAAAGUUUGGAAGGUCCUUAAAUCUGAUCCUGAAGUGGCUGGUUAUGUACGGCAAGUGGAUAGCUUCUAUCAGGUAAUUGUUCGAGGUGGAGGCCACAUUUUGCCCUAUGAUCAGCCUUUGAGAUCUUUUGACAUGAUUAAACGAUUCAUUUUUGAAAGAGGAUGGGAUCCUUAUUGAUGGAUCAGCUACUUUCCUAAAAGAGAAC